AUGGCGCGCGCUCUCGGCCCGGCCGACGGCGAGUGGGCGCUCUCGCGGUUCGGCGGCCACCCCCUGGCGCCCGACCUGGCCGCGCUGUAUGCGCGCGCGCUGGCCGCCGGCUGGCGCGCCGCCGGCGCGGGCGCGCGGCGCGGCGCGUGGGCGCUGGUGCGGGGGCGGGCGCCGCUGGCGCAGGCGGUGGGGGUGGCGGCGGCAGACGUGGUGGCGGCUUGCCUGGCGCAGCAGCCAGACCACUUUGAGCAGUAA